AUGGGGCCCCGUUGGGCAGCUCGUUACAUAACGGAAAACACACAACACUUUACAGUCAUACAGUCUGCGGCAUUACCUCCACCUACACCAUUCCUUGCAGUCGCUGGAUCGCUACCGCAGGCAUGGCCCGCAUGGAAAGAAACGUUCCUAUCAUUCUUAGGAGCGUCGGGUCUUGAGCAAGUAGAGCCCAGAAGAAAAAAACAGCUCUUGUUUUCGUUGCUGGGAGUCGAAGGGCAACGUAUAGUGGCUGCUUUUGGGUUAACAAAUCUUCCUGCCACAGAGCUUCAUGAUGAAUUCGACACGUUCAUGACGGCGGUAGAAAAGCAUUUUGUGUUUUCCGGCUCGCUCGCGCUGGAACGUAAGAAGUUACGCAGUCGCGUACAACAGCCCGGUGAAAGUGUCACCGAGUAUCUCGCGGCACAGCGCCGUCAGUAUGACCUUUGUGCAUUCCAAGAGCAGUCAGACGAACGUAUGUGUGACUUAUUCCUCGAUGGUUUGGACUCCCGUCGUGUCCAAGACCGGAUCUUAAGAGAGUGUGUGGACACACAAGUGCCAACACUAGAUCGUGCCGUACAGUUGGCCCUCCAGUUUGAGCAGUUAGCGCUUACAUCUCAACAGUAUCAUCAGUCUCGUCGAGCGGUGCCUGACGCCCCUAAUUCCACUGCCCCGGUGCAGUAUGUUGCGGUGCCCAACACCGAACGCGCACAAGUGACCAGUCAUGAAAGUUCCAUCGAGGACAUCCUGCUUCAGCUCAUGCAUCUCGCCCAUCGGGACGACAGAGUCACAUGCAACGUCGUGACCUGCCUCCCGCGAGGUACGGACCGCAGCCAAACACCUCCUGCUGGUUUUGCGGACGGGGGACCCACUCAAGAGAACAUUGUCCUGCAUUGA